AUGGGAGGAUGGAAGUUGGAAACCGGUCGUUUUCUACUCUGUGUGACAUUUCCCGUGGCGGCUUUUUGGCUCUUUAAUCAACCGUCAAUAUUUCAGAAAUUUAUGCGAAACUACAAAGUAGCGGACACAACAGAGAACGAUGAAGCCUUUGCCAAAUGGAAGGAACAAAUGCAAGUACAAAGAAGGAAGGAGGAGUAUGAAAAGUUUCUUCGAGAGCAAAUGGCUUUUGAAGCUGCACAAAAACAACGAAAAAGUAUUGAAGCU